AUAACCCAAAUCAAGGAAAUACAAAAAGCCCGGUUAUUCUAAGCCCAUUUUGGCCACGAUGAUGGGCCUAAUCAACAACACAGCGUUGUCUCUUCUCACUUCGAUGAAUGAAUGCUGCGAUGCUCUCUCUUUCUCUCUCUCUGCAACUAACUAACUUCAACCGUUCCCAAUUAGCAUGUCUACUAUUUCUUUCUCUGCUCCUUCUCCUUCUUCUUCUUCUUCUUCGUAUUAUUCAUUUCCAAAGAGAACUAUCCAUCCACGUGUCACCCUACCCAUCCGAAUUUCUUGCGGGCCGAACCCGAUCCGUUUCAAUAAGAAGAUAACGAACGACCAAUCUGAAACUCAAGAGCUGGUUCGUUUGCUCACUCGGAAGAUAAGCGACAAAGAGCCAUUGCUGAAAACAUUGAACAAGUAUGUUAAGCUUGUCAGAACCGAACAUUGUUUCUUGCUCUUUGAAGAACUUGGUAAACAUGAUAAAUGGCUUCAAUGCCUUGAGGUUUUCAGAUGGAUGCAGAGACAACGAUGGUAUAUUGCGGAUAAUGGGGUUUACUCUAAACUCAUAUCAGUUAUGGGAAAGAAAGGGCAAAUAAGGUUGGCCAUGUGGCUUUUCUCGGAGAUGCGGAACACUGGCUGUCGUCCGGAUACUUCUGUAUAUAAUUCACUUAUCUCUGCUCACCUUCAUUCGCGGAACAAAUCCAAGGCUUUGGACAAAGCUCUUGCAUACUUUGAGAAGAUGAAAGGAAUUGAACGGUGCAAGCCUAACAUUGUUACAUAUAAUAUUCUUUUGAGAGCUUUUGCUCAGGCUCGGAAUGUGAAUCAGGUAAACUCUUUGUUUAAAGAUCUUGAUGAGAGUCCUGUUUCACCAGAUAUUUACACUUUCAAUGGUGUGAUGGAUGGAUAUGGAAAAAAUGGGAUGAUCCGCGAUAUGGAAUCAGUGCUUGCUCGAAUGAAGAAUAAUCAGGUUAAGCCUGACUUGAUUACCUACAAUUUGCUCAUUGAUUCUUAUGGGAAAAAGCAGCAAUUUGAUAAGAUGGAACAAGUAUUUAAGAGUUUAUUACACUCCAAGGAGAAACCAUCACUGCCUACAUUCAACUCAAUGAUUUUGAACUAUGGGAAGGCACGGCUAAAGGAUAAAGCAGAAAAUGUUUUCCAAAAAAUGACUGACAUGGGUUAUACACCAAGUUUUGUUACGCACGAGAGUCUCAUCUAUAUGUAUGGCUUAUGUGCUUGUGUUUCCAAGGCUGUAGAAGUGUUUGAUGGACUGAUUGAGUCGAAAGUUCCAAUAAAAGUUUCAACAUUUAAUGCUAUGCUUGAUGUUUACUGCCUAAAUGGUUUGCCACAUGAAGCAGAUUCACUGUUUACAAAGGCAAAAAGUAUAAAAAUAUUUCCAGAUGCAUCAACAUAUAAACUUCUUUAUAAGGCAUACACUAAAGCCAACUCAAAGGAGCUUUUAGAUAAAUUGCUAAAGCACAUGGAUAAAGAUGGUGUUAUCCCUAAUAAGAGAUUCUUCUUGGAUGCUUUGGGUGUUAUUGGAUCUUCAAAAGAAAACUUGGGAUCGGCAAAUGCGGGAACUGAUUCAAACAAUCCACAAAAGUUCGCUAAACCUCAAGUAGAAACAUAGUUGGCAACUACGUCAAGAAUUUAUUGGUAUAUCCAUGACUUUUGUACAAGCAGCUCAGUUCACUUGUGAGGUGGUACGCUAUAUCACUUUGCCAUAAGCCUCUUCUCGCUCUAUUUUACAUUGCACUGAUUCUUCUGGAGAACAGGUUCUUACUUGGUCCUCAUGUGACAUCACGUUUUCUUUUUUAAGGUGUAAUUUGUGAUAAGAAAAAGUAUCAUCCAAGUGUCUGAGUUGAUUUGGUGUGUAGAGAAGACUUAUGAAGGAUGGAGAAAAUUGAUUCUACAUUCUAGAAUUGAGUCUGGGUGAAGCAAGUUACUGUAGCUUCUGCAGCUAAAAGAAUUGAUUCUACUAUUUUCAUCCUAAUCUAUGCUAGUUGUUUUAGCUAAUUGCCCAAGCAACAACUUAUGGUGUAUAUGUUUUUGUAUUACUAACGGUACAUGCUGGAGAAAGUGGUAUAUGGGCAUAUGCAUUUUAGUCA